GCAUCAGAAUAGAGAUUCCAUUCGCAUGUCAGCAGCGACGUCGCUUAGCAGCGCCAUGAAUGCCAUGGCCAGCUUGCGGAGUUCCGCACUUGGGCUGAGUAAGACGACAGCGAUCAGCAAACAACAACAGCUUAAGAUGCUCGCUUUCCUGGCGCGCGAUGUGCGAUGAAUUUCUACGGAGAAUUCUCCAAUGACCACCAUGCACUACAUCUCCCCCACACGCCGAAAGAGCUGCACCGCCUGCGUCAAGAGCAAGCGCCGCUGCGAUCUCGAGUACCCGGUCUGCAAGCGCUGCAGCGCCAAAGGCCUCGAAUGCGCCUAUCCAACGACUUCUCCGUCCCGUAGCAGGAGGUUGGCGAGUGUCCGCGAGACAGUUCACCUCUCGCCGGACUUGUCGCCGCGAGGGGCUAGCGUCCCGGUAGCCGUUGUCGAUAGCUCAGCCGAGUUCCUGUCCUUCAACGGCGCAACCACCGAUCCGCUUGCGCAGGACGCGCUACCGUUUUCAUACUCGUCGGGCAGCUCGAGCAGCGACAGCCCGGUCAGCUGGCAGGAUGAGCUCGCGUCGGCCGCAACGCUGAUAGACGACGUGCCCUUGGAGGAAUAUGCGCAGCCCCAGCUGGGCCGCAUGCUGUGGCCGGAGAUCAAGGCGCCAUGCUACAUGACCAGCGACCAAACCGCGUACAUCCUGCGCACGAUGCGCUCCUUCAUCCCGUCCAUGGCAUACACCGGGUCCACGCCGUUCCUGCACCAGGCCCUCUGGAAGCAGUACCAGCCCGCGUCGUACCAGGACUGCGUCGCCAUCUCGGCCCUCUACCUGUGCAAAACCAGCGCCAACACAUCCCUCAUCACCGCCAGCAUCAACCGCAAGAUCGCCUGCAUGAAGGCCCGCGCCGGCUCCUGGGACCUGCUGGAGCACCUCGCCGCCGUGCAGACCCUGAUCAUCUACCAGAUCAUGCGGCUCUUCGACGCAUCACUACAGGACCAAGUAUCCGCGCAGAAACACUCGAUCCUGCUCGAAACCUGGGCCGCGCUGCUGUGGAAGCGCUCGUUCACCGACCCCCCGCUGCUGGGCUCCUGCCACGACACCUGGGUGCUGGCCGAGUCCCUCCGGCGCACCGUCAUGAUGAGCGUGUUUGUGCGCUGCGCGUGGAGCAUCUACACGCGCGACGGGCUCGCCGACCAGGUCCCCGUCAUGUCGCGCAUCACGUUCACGCGCGACCUGCGCGCGUGGCGCGACGCGCCUGCCGAGUGGGACGCCAGGGUGCUGCCGGAGCUGCUGGCCGCGGAUGGGCUGACGGCGUACGAGGAUUUCGCGGACGAGUGGAGCUCGGUGUGUGAGGUCGGCGUGCUGGAUCCGUUCCACAAGCUGCUGCUGGUGGCGUGCAGGGGCGCGGAUGAUCCGCGGUUGUUUGGCUGAGGGGUGCGUACAGCACGGUGGCUACAUCGCAUCACAUCGCAGCGUGACGACGGCGGCG